GUUGAUAAAAAACUGAAUCAUAUUGCAUAGACACGCAGAGCAGCCAAACUGAGCAGAGCAAUGUUCAGUGUUAUAAAGUCUGACUGUAAUAGACUAGAGAUAUCUGAGGUUAUUUAUGAGUGCGUGAGCAGUGAGCUUCAGGACAAGGACAGAGAGACGGUGGAAAAGAUGAUGAAUAUAAGAGAUCAUGACUUCAGAAAAGAGUCAAACACACACCAGCUGCUUCAACGUACAGGAUAUGACUGUGUGAAGAUCAGAAACUACAGGUCAGCUGUAGUGUGUUUGGUUGUGCUGUGUGUUCUUCUGCUGACUGCGGUCAUAGUGCUGCGUGUCUACAUCCAUACAAACAACACAAGCUGCACAGCUGAACUGUGGAAAUGUCUUCAUGAAAUCGAUGAAUGGAUUUACUAUCAAUCCAGUCUUUACUAUGUCUCUUCUGAGUGGAAGAGCUGGGCUGAUAGCAGACAAGACUGUUUGAAGAGAGGAUCGGAUCUGAUCAUCAUAAACAACAGAGAGGAACAAGUGUGGGAGUAUCAGAACCAGCGUUUCAGUGAGUCAUUACCACUCACACUUGGGUUAAUACUGAUCUGACAUCAGCUGAGCGUGCCAAGACGAAUGGCCCAUCAAAGGAGACUCUCAGUGGAGGUCCCACUUCCUCUCUCUCUCUGUUAUGACAGCGGGGACGCCUCGUAUUCUCCAGCGACAGAUCUGUUGGAAAGGCUUGACAUUGGUUCACACCCCCACAGUCCUGCGCUCAGGUACGGCCCAUCGAGACGAGUUGAGUCACGGAUCAGUUUCGUUGGGUAUUAGCCAUGUUGCUGUCUCAAAAGGGGGUGGUGAAGUCACCAGGCUUACACUCUCAUCUCCAGCGAGGGAUUUGUAUGACGGCAGAUUUAUGUGCGGUACAUUUGUUAAAUUUAUGGGUUUGAAGCCCAUAGACAAACACUUUUAUUGUUUUGGGCUCCUCUAGAGAACUCCAGCUGUCUCUCAGUAAGGAAAUUAGUCAUUACUCAUUAGUCACGGAUUGGCUCCCACAACACACGCUGCUGAAAGAGGCUGUUUGCAGUCGAAUAUAGAACGUGUUUGCGGUGCUCUUUGGGAUGUUGGAUGUUUACCGAGACAGCCAUGCCCAAACACUUUUCAAGAAGAAGAUUGUUAUUCCCACUUGGGACGGAUUGAGAUACAGAACCUUAUUAUCAUGUGCUUGUAUAUUUGCACAUGACUAUUGCAAACACAACUGGGGCUUGUGGUGGGUUUGGGUUAUUUUAGUCCCAUUUAAAUUCAUAUUUUAGGUUAAUUUGAUGUUAACGGUUGGGGUCAAUACGAUUUUUUAUUAUUUUUUUAAAUAGGUCUAUUUUAUGUUCGUCAAAAUAUGGUAAGCAUGGGUGUAGUUGUAGCCAGCAAUGAGAAAAUGAUUUUUAUUUUAUGCCAAAAAUCAUUAGGAUAUUGAGUAAAGAUCAUGUUCCAUGAAGAUAAAUAUAUCUUGAUUAGUAAUAUGCAUUGCUAAGGACUUAAUUUAAACAGCUUGAAAGGUCAAACAUACACCAAAAGAAAGCGUAUUUAUUCAGGUGUCAGAUUUUCAUUUCAGAUAUACAUCUCAGUUUUCCAAAAGUGACCAUUAUAGGUAAUGUAAAAUAUCUUUACAAAUAAAAAUAAUUUUCUUUUAUUUUAAUAGAUGUUAAAAUUCAUUUACAGUUUUACUGAAUUGCUAAAACGCUAAAAAAAGUUAGCUAAUUGUUGCAGUCUGUUGUCAAUAACUUAAACCACCUCACAUGAUCAAACACAGUUUGCAGAUCUAGAUUUAGAAUUUUCAGCAAAACUUGAAAGACGUUCUCGUUCUCAUUCUUAAAACACAUUCUUUAAUCUAAUGCACUUCCUCAAUACUGGUAAACACAAGUAGCAACAAUCGAAUACAAAUCCUCAAUUUUGAGCUACUGUGCUAUAACUAUUUCACUUAUCAAAUGCAAUGAAGGAAGAUUAUUACAUUUCUUUUGAGAUUACAAAUUUAGUUCUCCCUAAGAACUAUAUUUUGUUUUGAACAAUGUGUUUUCUAUUUUUCGUUGUAUUGUAUGCUGACUACUUGAUAGUUUAUGAUUAGAGAGCAGUGCUUGAUUUUGAACACAGGUAAAACUGUUUUGAGGCGAAAGUUUUAUUUUACAAGAGUCUGAGGUUUUGUAAAUGGUGCUUGAAGAUGAGGUUUUGUGGUUUCAGAAAAUGGAGCAAGGUUUCAGAAAUUGUGUUUUAGCAAGUGAGAAAGACUGUAAUUUAUGUGAUGGCUAAGCCGAUUUUCAGCAUCAUUACUCCAGUCUUCAGUGUCACGUGAUCCUUCAGAAAUAUCUUGAUUUGAUGGUCAAGAAAUAUUUGUAUCUUUAUUCAACAGAACAGCAUUUAUUUGAUAUACAAAUCCUCUUAAAACCUUCCAUUUAUUUAUCUGCAUCAAAAACGUAUUCUUAGGCAGCAUCAUCCUUUAUGGAAAAUAAAAUCCCAUAAUGCUUUGCAAUC